AUGGGCGGACCGGUGAAGAAAGUUACCGAUGUGGCGUUCAAGGUGGGAAGGAACAUCGAUUGGGAUGGAAUGAUGAAGCUUCUCGUCUCCGAUGAGGCUCGCAGGGAGAUCUCAAAUCUCCGUCGCGCUUUCGACGAGGUUAACUCCCAGAUCCAAACCAAGUUCAGCCAGGAACCUGAGCCCAUCGACUGGGAUUAUUACAGGAAAGGCAUUGGCACUCGGCUGGUGGAUUUGUACAAGGAGCAUUACGAGAGCAUUGAGAUCCCCAAAUUUGUUGACACUGUAACUCCUCAGUAUAAAACUAAAUUUGAUGCCCUGUUGAUUGAGCUUAGAGAAGCACAGGAGAAAUCUCUGAAGGAGUCUGAACGUUUGGAAAAAGAAAUUAUUGAAGUACAAGAGUUGAAGAAAAAGCUUAGUACCAUGACGGCGGAUGAGUACUUCGAAAAGCAUCCCGAAUUGAAGAAGAAAUUUGAUGAUGAGAUCAGAAAUGAUAACUGGGGCUAUUGA